ACCAGCCCCUACAACAACUACAACACCAGCCCUACAACAACAACCCCUACAACAACUACAACACCAGCCCCUACAACUACAACAACUACAACCCCGACCCCUACAACAACUACAACACCAAGCCCUACAACAACUACAACAUCAGCCCCGACAACAACUACAACACAAGCUCCAACAACAACUACACCAAACCCAACAACAACUACAACACCAACCGCUACAACAACUACAGCCCCACACCAGCCGACCACAACUACGACCACUACAGCACCAGCUCCAGCUCCAACAACAACUACAGCACCAACUCCAACAACAACUACAACCCCAACAACGACCGACUCAACAACAACUACAACACCAGCCCCUACAACAACUACAGCCCCGACCCUGACAGCAACUACAACACCAGCUCCAGCAACAACUACAACCAACGACCCUGACUCAACAACGACUACAACACCAGCUCCGACAACAACUACAACACCAACUCCGACAACAACUACAACAACAACAACCCUAACCCGACAACAACUACAACACCAGCCGACAACAACUACAGCUACAACACCAACUCCAACAACAACUACAACACCAGCCCCAACAACAACUACAACCACCAGCCCUACAACAACUACAACACCAACACUGACAGCAACUACAACACCAGCUCCGACAACAACUACAACACUGACUCCAUCAACAAUUACAGCACCAACGCCAACAACACUACACCAGCUCCGACAACAGCUACACACCUACCCCUACAACAGCUACAGCACCAGCUCCAACAACAACUACAGCCCCAGCCAGCAACUCCGACUCCAGCAACAGCUACAGCACCAGCCCUACAACAGCUACAACACAUCACAGCAACAGCUACCAACGCACUACGACAGCUACUACACGACCCUACAACACUACAACACCAGCUCCACAACUACAACCAGGCCCUACAACAGCUACUGCACCAGCCCCAGCAACAACUACAGCGACAACUGA